CCUGGUGGCGACAGAACAACUGAGUCGCACAAGAAGUCAGUUAGCUACAUAAAAACAUAAACAGUCUGAAAACAUUACAUAUUAGCAUAUGCUUGGUUUCGAAACGAGUAUUUACCUCACCGACACAAGAUGGAGGCUUAUCACGAUCAGACUUUAGACUCACCCUCCAAAAACAGUUACAUUGGGAGUUACUACCAGCCUCCAGACAGGAUACUACCAGUAGCAAGACAGCUGGAGUUCCCUGCCCAGUCAUCCGUCAGCGUGGACCCACAGAUGACCAGCCCUCGGGUGUCUCAAACCAAACCUAAUAUUGACAGCAUAGCUGUUGUUGAUGCACUGAAGACCCUCCAGGAGAAAAUCAGGCGGUUAGAGCUGGAAAGGAAGCAAGCCGAGAAGAGUUACAGUCAGUACUCUCACGAUGCCCAGAGGCAUCAGCAGGUCACAGCAUCUUACACGGUGCCCAGUCAACCAGCAGCCAGCCUGCCUGAGACAGAUAACUCUGGCAAGAAAGCAGAGCUGGACUCGAAGCUGCAGUCUGCAGAGGCUCGUUGUAAGGUUCUGGAGAAGCAGCUGGACUACAUGAGGAAGAUGGUUGAAAACGCUAAAAAGGAGAGGAAUGCCCUCAUGGAGAAUCAGGCUUCACUACAGCCAAGUAGCUCAAACACCCAGUCUCAGCGGGAGAAGCUGGAGAAACUUGAAUCAGAGUGUCUCAAAUUGAGUAGGACCCAAAGUCUAGCAGAGGCAAAGCUCGCCAUUCUGGAGCAAAAACUACUGAAAGAAGAGCAUGAACGUAAACUUGUGCAGGAGAAAGCCGACAAGCUGCAAAAGGAGUUGGACAUCAACCUUCUAUUGUCUGUGCCAACUACUGAAGAAAUAAAGCCAAAGAAGAAAACAAAAAAGACCACCAAGAAAACCUCCACACAGAAUGAGCUGGCAUCACCAAGCGGCCUAAGACACAAAAAAUUCCCCUUUGUUGCAGGAACAUCGACAAGCCCAAGCCAUUCAGUCCACGCCAACGUGCAAAGUAUACUCCACAUGAUGAAGCACCAUCAGCCCCAGCUGUGUGAAAGAGUGAGUGCGCUGCACAAGCCUGGUUGUCCAGCCAAGAAAAGCCUCCAAAAGUGCUUGGCUCCAUCUUCCACCACUUGUCACAAGCCUGACAAGGAGCCCGAAGGAGCAGAUCAGUCACUGGGCUCGCUGUCUGACCUGCUCUUGGCUCUGCAGGACGAGCUAGGACAAAUGAGCUUUGAGCAUCAGGAGUUGGUGCACCAGAUAGAUGCAACCCAAGAUCGCGAGCAGAAGCGGGACCUGCAGAGUGAACUGGGGAGGUUGGUUGCCAGGAUGGAGGAGAAGGGAGCCCAGAUCACUAAGCUCCGCAAACACCAGCAGAGGGUCCAUAAAUUGACCCAGAGCCAACCAUGUGACAAGGAACACACAGCCAAGAAGUUGUGUGGGAUCAAGCCACCUGUUCCCUCUCCUGUUAAGGCCAAGAAGACACGUAAAAAAAGUGGGACCCCUCACAACAACCUGCAGCUUCUCAGAGAGACCCAGAAGUUCAGGAACAGUCUAAAUCAAGAUGACCUUUCCUGGGAAGCAUGAGGUUCUCUGAAAGACCUUUCUGUGUACGGGCUUUGAUGCUACAGCUGGCCUAACCACAAGACUCCCCUUGGUUCCUGGCAGCCUGUUUUUCUCUUUUCAGAUGGCCUCUUGGACAUUUUAGAUAACAAAUGAAAAGAGGGAAUAAAGUGUUUUUGUGUUUUUACACAGGAAAAUUGUUAAUAUUCAUAAAACUUAUUAAGCUAUGGGAGACUGAGUUAAAUGAAAUCUUGCACAUACAGGGUCCUUCACAGGUAGAUGGUGUUUAGUUUAUUAAUCAUGACCUUCACCUGUCUAAUAUCAAAUGAAGCUGAGGAAAUUUUUCUUCUAUUUUUUUUUUUAAAUUUUAAUAAAAUGUAUU